AUGAGUUCGAUUUUGUGGUCGGAUCUGAUGCCCAAAGCACUACAGCUGUUAUCGCCGACGGCUUGGAUAGUGAUGCUGGGCGUAGUUGCUUCCGGUGUGAUUUUUCACCGUCAGCGGGCGGAGAUAGUGAAGCACAUCAAUCGCAUUCCGGGACCACCGGCACUCCCAUUGCUGGGCAACAGUUUGCAGUGGUUGGUUGAUCGCGAUGAAAUGUUUAGCACGAUCAACGGAGCAAGAGUGCUGUAUGGACGCCGGCAAGGUUUUAACCGUGUCUGGGCCGGAUUAAAACCAUACGUACUGAUCUCGAAGGCAACUGCCGCUGAGAAAAUUCUUUCCAGCACCAAGAACAUUGAAAAGGGACGCGAUUACGAUCUGCUGAAACCGUGGAUCGGGACGGGUUUGCUGACGAGCCACGCUGCAAAAUGGCACCAGCGUCGUAAGAUGUUAACGCCAACCUUUCACUUCAAGAUACUGGCCAACUUUGUCGAGGUGUUUAACAAGCAGAGCUUCGUGCUGGUCCGACAGCUGGAGAAGCAGCUCAACAACAGUGAGGGAUUCGAUUGCACCAUCUAUGCGACGUUAACAUCGCUUGACAUUAUCUGCGAGACGGCCAUGGGUUAUCCUAUCCACGCACUGGAAAAGUCUGAUUCCGAAUACGUGAAGGCACAUGAGAAAAUUUCCGAAAUCAUCCUAGAGCGCUUGCAGAAGUUCUGGUUGCGUCCGGAUUUUAUUUUCCAAUUUACCAAAGCUUACAGCGAACAUGAGCAUUGUUUGAAGAUACUGCACGACUUUGCCUACAGUAUGAUCCACAAACGACGAGAAAUGUAUCGACAGCGAAAGCAGGAGAAGUCUAUGGAGAAAUCUGGGUGCUCGGCCGAAGCAGACAUCGAUGAUACAACGACUGGUCAGCGAAAACAGCUCGCUUUCUUGGACCUAUUGCUAGAGCUCUCGGAAGAUGGUCAGAUACUGUCCGAUGCCGAUAUACGCGAAGAAGUGGACACAUUUAUUCUGGGUGGACAUGACACAACUGCCACGGCAUUAUCCUGGAUUCUAUACCUCCUAGGCACGGAACCAACCGUACAGGAGCGCGUCUUCCACGAGAUAGACGGCAUCAUGGGCGGUGAUAGGGAACGCUACCCAACAAUGGCAGAGCUCAAUGAGAUGCGAUACUUGGAGUGCUGUUUGAAGGAAAGCCUGCGACUCUUUCCCAGCAUACCAAUGCUAUCGCGCACGCUCGCCACAAGCGUAGACAUCGAGGGACACCACAUUCCGAGUGGCACGAAUGCCGUCAUCAUGCUUUACCAGCUACAUCGCGAUCCACAGUACUUUCCCAAUCCGGAGAAAUUUAAUCCCGAUCGCUUCUUGCCAGAAAACAGCACCGACCGUCACCCCUACUCGUACAUUCCGUUCAGUGCAGGUCCGCGAAACUGCAUCGGACAGAAGUUUGGUGCGCUGGAAGAGAAGGCGGUGAUAUCGGCGGUGGUGAGGAAUUACAGAAUCGAAGCGGUGCAACGUCGUGAAGAUUUGGUACUGUACGGUGACUUGGUAAUGCGUACCAAAGGAGGUUUAAAGAUACGUAUCCAAAGAAGAGUGUAG